GAUGGACGUGUAUUGAGUCCUGUUCUGGCUCUCAGUGCUUAUUACCUUGCUGAGUCUUUGCAAUGCUCCCACGUGGUGAGUGUCAUCUUGCAGAUGACAAGUUUGACAUAGAGAAAGCAACUUACCAAAGGCACACAGCAGCGGGCAGAGGCCCUGGUCGUGGCCCCAUCCAUCAGGCUAUCCCGCCGUUUUACUGGUUGGAUACUUUGUGGGACGUUCUGCUGUGGUUCCUUGGAGAUGGGAGAGCUGAGACGAGAGUAGGGGUGGGGGUGGGGGUGUGGGUGACAGUAUUUCUCUUCUUCAGAGCUGUUUCCUAUUCAGAUGGAAGGUGUCAAGCUCACAGUCAACAAAGGGCUGAGUAACCAUUUCCAGGUGAACCACACAGUAGCCCUCAGCACAAUCGGGGAGUCCAACUACCAUUUCGGGGUCACGUACGUGGGGACAAAGCAGCUGAGUUUCACGGAGGCAUUCCCCGUGUUGGUGGGUGACAUGGACAAUAGUGGCAGCCUCAAUGCUCAGGUCAUUCACCAGCUGGGCCCCGGCCUCAGAUCCAAGAUGGCCAUCCAGACCCAGCAGUCUAGGUUCGUGAACUGGCAGGUGGGCAGGGAGUACCGGGGUUCUGACUUCACAGCAGCGGUCACCCUGGGGAACCCAGACGUCCUGGUGGGUUCAGGAAUCCUCGUGGCCCACUACCUCCAGAGUAUCACGCCGUGUCUGGCACUGGGCGGAGAGCUGGUCUACCACCGGCGGCCUGGGGAGGAGGGUACUGUCAUGUCUCUAGCUGGGAAAUACACAUUGAACAACUGGUUGGCGACAGUAACGUUGGGCCAGGCGGGCAUGCACGCGACAUACUACCACAAAGCCAGCGACCAGCUGCAGGUAGGCGUGGAGUUUGAGGCCAGCACAAGGAUGCAAGACACGAGCGUCUCCUUCGGGUACCAGCUGGACUUGCCCAAGGCCAACCUCCUCUUCAAAGGUACAGGCCUCAGUUUCCCCGCAUGGAAAACAAGACGAGAGGUGACUCAGCUCUGAGUGGGUGUAGGCCAAGGAGAUGGUGAAGGGCAUCAGGCCGGGACUCUUGGGGGCCUCCAAAUCACCCAGGAGUGCUUGCUAAGAAGGUGGGGCCUGGGCCUAAGCUUCGUCCCUGCUACAUUCCUCCCCACCCCGGCCAGCAGCCCCCUCCCAUCUCUGCACUCGACCCUCUUUUUUCUUUUCCCGUAAGUCGACGGCAACUUGGAGCACACCCAGCCACCCCACUCAGGUCACAGUGGAAACGAGGCU